ACAGGAAUCGUUUCGCAUGCCCAGGCAGUGACAUGACAUAUUAAUAAGCUCAGGGCAGGAAGCUGGAGGUAAACAGGGAAAGAGACUGCAGCAGUGAGAGACAUACUGCACAUCUCUGAGUAUGGACGGAGAGCGCCGGCUGACUGACUGUCUGCGGGUGGUGAGACAUGGCAGGGAAAGGAGCAGUCUUGCCAAGGGGAAGGAGGAAGAGAGAGCCAGUGUGGGCAGGAAGAGGAGCGCAGUAAAGAGAGAGAGCAACACUGAGCAUGAGGGUGCUCCAACCCCAAAACCAGCGACCUUAGAGGAACUUAUUCAGUUUGACCUGGACUGGCGUUUUGGACCAUGUACAGGUAUCACCCGAUUGCAGCGAUGGCAGAGGGCACAAGAUUUGGGACUAGCACCGCCAGAAAACAUAAAAGACAUACUGUUGGCCGCCAGUGCAGAUCCCCAAUACCAGUACAACCUGUGGUGCACAUAUGCCAUCUGAGGAGAAGGCGAGGCUAGUACCGACAGCUGCACAGAGGUCCAAGCCACACAAAAUGGCGACUGCAUCGCUCAGGGAUUACAGAUCAGUGGUAAAGUGCCACUCUCGUCCGUAUAUUUCUCUUCUGUCUCCAUAGUUAGAAAUGUAUUGUUACUGAGAUAGAAAAGGGCAGAGAUACCAUGAUGGGGAUUAUUUACUACCGUUGCCCCUAGCACUCACUGUUUGCUUUCAUUUUGUAAGAAAGACGUAUUAGGUUAAAUAACAGGUUUUGGCUCUGCGCCAGUUUUCACAAAUGUUAUUUUUAUAUUCUGCUAAAAUCACAGUUAUCCCGACACACCUCGUACUGAUGUCUGGAACAUGCCUUUAUUUACCCGCCGUUUUUAUUGGGAAACUAAAUUGACCUCUGUGAGAAAGAUAUGCCACAUUGGGGUAAUUCACUAAGAUGGGAGUUCUAUUUGUUGCCCAUAGCAACCAAAAAGAUUCCAGGUAUUAUCUUCUAGAAGGUGCUAGAUAAAUGAAUUGUAGAAUCUGAUUGGUUGCAAUGGGCAACAUUCCAUCUUAAAUAGAACUCCCAUCUUAGUCAAUUUAUCCCAUGGCCAGCAGUUUGUAAUACAAUUUUAUAUUUAGUAAUUUCUGUACCUGUCUGGUGAAGAAAACUGCAGUGACACCAUCUUAAAGAUCUAAUUUCUCAUUACAAUUAUUUCUCUGGUCAGAAAUGCGCAGAUGUUUUUAUUUUCCUAGAAAUGUUUUUCUGUAUAACAUGCUGCCGUUGUGCUGCAGAACUGUCCUGAUCUCUUGGCUGUUAUUUGGCACAUUGUAAAUCAUUGUAUACAGUUAUAAAGAUGUUCUUUAAUUAAAA